ACCGCCUGUGGUAAGACCUCCGAAGAAUAAGACACAACUUCGUCAGGAUUCAUCAAGUUUUACGAACAUCACUGCUUUUCUGAUUCGGCAAGGCCCCAGACGAUUCAUAUAUCAAACGGACCAGGCAGACUGUUAUGACAACAAGUUUAAGUUGCUCUCCAGUUGCUUGUGGAACAAAUUUAUGAGAUGUGGCAGUCAAAAUUACAUAGUACUAGGAAUAGAAGAAUACAUAACUGUCUCAUGGGUUCGCGUGAGAGCUGUGCGAACUGAAAUAGAACCCUGGCUAAAUAACUCGUUCCCAUGGACCUACAUUGCACCAGCCGAGCUGUACUACAUUGGAGAUUUUCCUGAAGGGACUGCUCGUUCUCCCGACGGGUUAAAAGGACCACAAGUUGCCGACCUGCGCACCCAACGACUCCCAACUCCUGACGAUCUUCUCAAUGCUCCUAAAGACCAGUUUGCGAAAAUCGACAAGUGUGUGGCCAAGAGGAUCUUCGACAGCCUCAACGGAACCACCUGGAGGAGGACUCUCUCCUCUCCACGUUGUGACAUCUGGCAGACAAAUCACGCCCUUUUCACAGUAUGGACCUAUGAAUGCCCCGACCCGGACUUGGUCCCAACAGCAAAGCUCGCUCUGCAAGGCUGGUAUGAGGAUUAUUAUCGAAAGUGGGACUGGGAAUUUUGGGGAUUUCAACAAAGAGAAUUUCAAAACUGGGUGUUACCUUGUCUCAGUCAAUCAAACAAUUAUUGGAUAAAGUAUCAAUAUGUUGCCACUGUCUACUCCAAAGAAGUCACCAUAUGGCCCGGAGCUUUCUGGAGACCCGAGCCAUAUGUGAACCCAAGACCCUGGCGCAUGACGUGUCGACGCAACAACACUGAAUGCGUCAUAGCAUUGGCCAGGAAACCUUGCCAAACGCUCAUAGGCUGGGAAGACUACUGCAAAGACCAUUACGCAGAAGAGUAUGACACCCAUUCAUCGGAGGUUACUUGGAGGAAGAUCAACGGAGUGUGGCGGAGAGCAAUCGUGAGUGGAAAGACAUGUACUGAUGCGAUCCUGGGCUAUCACCUCCAGAAGCGCAAAAGCAUUCUUAAUGCCCCCGUUCCCUUCAUCCCACACCCUAUCAUCGCCAUUGCGGAAGGGCAUGCAUUCCGGAAAAGUCUGUGCCAGGGUGAAGUAGACCAUGGGUUCGACUGGGUUGGACCUAACCUUAUGUAUUCUAACCUUACCUGCUAUGUGACCAAAGAGACAUGGCAGCAAUGUGGAGACGGAAAGAAUCAACAUGAAUGUUACUGGUAUGAGGUCCUGGGCUCCUCUGUGGCAACCGUAGUCACCGACGUUGUGGAAGGAGUUGCCGACGUGAUAGGGGGAGGGCUCUCUAUUGUCGAAGGUUGGAUACUCAGUGCCCUGAGUAUGCUGUGGCCAUACUUGCUAGGCCUCCUGGGCGUUGCCGUGGUUUUGAUCAUGGGCAAGGUCAUCGUGGAGGUGUGGCUGAAGGAACUUUGUCGUUGCAGGGGGAAGGACUAUAAGCCCCUCCCCCCCAAGGCGGAGCGUACAUCCGCAUAAAAGACAGCUGCUGUGUGCCGCCGAGCCAUUCCUCUUCACGGCUGCGGUGGGGACCUGACCUAAAGAACAACCAUCAUCAGAGAUCAUGGCAUCUAACUCAUCUACUAACUCCUCUGCUCCGACAUCACUCUUUGCGCCUAUUCAAGUGAGUACCGUGGAGCAGAUUAGUGUCAUCUUUGCCUGGGUGAUAUAUUCCCACACCGGUUUAUGGUCUACUGAUCAGCCACUAAGGGUGGUUGUCGCUCUGCAAGGGUAUAUGAAGAUCAUCCUACGCCCUAUCUUUCUCCAAAGAUGGGAUUGUGCUCUAUCCCUC